AUGGCCCCCGCUAUCGGUAUUGACUUGGGAACUACCUACUCUUGCGUGGGUAUCUUCCGUGAUGACCGCAUCGAAAUCAUUGCCAACGACCAGGGUAACCGAACCACCCCCUCGUUCGUUGCUUUCACCGACACCGAGCGUCUCAUCGGUGAUGCCGCCAAGAACCAGGUCGCCAUGAACCCUUACAACACCGUCUUCGACGCCAAGCGUCUCAUUGGCCGCAAGUUCAGCGACGCUGAGGUCCAGUCCGAUGCCAAGCACUUCCCCUUCAAGGUCGUCGAGAAGGCCACCAAGCCCGUCAUCGAGGUCGAGUUCAAGGGCGAGACCAAGCAGUUCACACCAGAGGAAAUCUCCUCCAUGGUCCUCAUCAAGAUGCGCGAGACCGCCGAGUCCUACCUUGGUGGCACCGUCAACAGCGCUGUCAUCACUGUCCCCGCCUACUUCAACGACUCUCAGCGUCAGGCCACCAAGGAUGCUGGUCUCAUUGCCGGCCUCAACGUCCUGCGUAUCAUCAACGAGCCUACUGCCGCCGCUAUUGCCUACGGUUUGGACAAGAAGGCCGAGGGUGAGCGCAACGUGCUCAUCUUCGAUCUCGGUGGUGGUACCUUUGAUGUCUCCCUCUUGACCAUUGAGGAGGGUAUCUUCGAGGUCAAGGCUACUGCUGGUGACACCCACUUGGGUGACUUGACCACCAACGCUCGUGCUCUCCGUCGUCUCCGUACUGCUUGCGAGCGUGCUAAGCGCACUCUUUCUUCCUCUGCCCAAACUUCCAUUGAAAUCGACUCUCUGUUCGAGGGUAUCGACUUCUACACCUCCAUCACCCGUGCUCGUUUCGAGGAGCUCUGCCAGGACCUCUUCCGCUCCACCAUGGAGCCCGUCGAGCGUGUCCUCCGUGAUGCCAAGGUCGACAAGUCCUCCGUCCACGAGAUCGUCUUGGUCGGUGGUUCCACCCGUAUCCCCAAGAUCCAGAAGCUUGUCAGCGACUUCUUCAACAAGGAGGCCAACAAGUCCAUCAACCCUGACGAGGCUGUCGCCUACGGUGCUGCUGUCCAAGCUGCUAUCCUUUCUGGUGACACUUCUUCCAAGUCCACCAACGAGAUCUUGCUUCUCGACGUUGCUCCUCUCUCCGUCGGUAUUGAGACUGCCGGUGGUGUCAUGACUGCCCUCAUCAAGCGCAACACCACCAUCCCCACCAAGAAGUCCGAGACUUUCUCUACCUACAGCGACAACCAGCCCGGUGUCUUGAUUCAGGUCUACGAGGGUGAACGUGCCCGCACCAAGGACAACAACCUGCUCGGUAAGUUCGAGCUUACUGGUAUCCCGCCUGCUCCUCGUGGUGUUCCUCAAAUCGAGGUCACCUUCGACAUGGAUGCCAACGGUAUCAUGAACGUCUCUGCCAUUGAGAAGGGUACCGGUAAGAGCAACAAGAUUGUCAUCACCAACGACAAGGGCCGUCUCUCCAAGGAGGAAAUCGAGCGCAUGUUGGCUGAGGCUGAGAAGUACAAGGCCGAGGACGAGGAGGAGGCUGCUCGUAUCCAGGCCAAGAACGGUCUCGAGUCAUACGCCUACUCCCUCAAGAACACUCUCAACGAGGGCAAGCUCAACAUUGAGGCUUCCGACAAGGAGAAGCUCGAGUCUGAGAUUGAGAAGACCAUCUCUUGGCUCGACUCCAACCAGACCGCCACCAAGGACGAGUACGAGUCUCAGCAGAAGGAACUCGAGAGCGUUGCCAACCCCAUCAUCUCUGCCGCUUACGGUGGAGCUGGUGCUGCUCCUGGCGCCACUGGUGCUUCUGCCACUCACACUGCUGACGAGGUCGAGGAGCGCCCUGAGGAACUUGACUAA